GUCAAUUCCAACUUCAACCAUUUCAAGGUUACAAAACAGCUUAGGUAAUGCGACACUAGUGAAUCUCAUCUUCUAAUCCACUAUCAUCUUCUCCUUCAUUGGUGGAUGCUCAUUCGUCACAAUUGUUUAACUUCGAGUAAUAAACAAAUUGCAUCAUGUCGCUUCUCCCAGCACAUUUUGAGCAGAUCGCCAUAUCGUGUCAAGGAAUUGACAGUCUCCCCUUUCCGCCCCCAAAGAUAUUCACCAACGCCCUCCUCGUUAACGACGACAUCACCUCCCUAAUCCGCGACACCGAACCUCACGAACGAGCGCUAUUCUCCGUCCCACCACCUCCGCCACCAGGCACAUCCCAAAACCCGGAGCCGCCGACGCAGUCCUCACGUCGACAGACCGUGUUCAACGUCGCCUCGGGCGAGGUCACCACGUCGGGCGGUAACACGGGGCGGAACGCGGGCGCGCCUCGACGUCACACCGCCGUAGCAGCCGUUCUAGGCGGCGGCCUGCACGAGCAGAUCCGACGCAGCGAGCGACGCGGCGGGAAAGACGACAUCGAUGUCGAGAUCCUACUCAAAGGCGCGGAGAAGCUGUGUGGCGUGUACCCCCUGCCGGGCGCGCUAGAGCGGAUAGCGGCGCAACGGUCCAAGUACGCGCACAGCCGGAGCACCCUAGCAUACUACGAGGCGAAAGUAGCCGAGCAAGCCGAAGCCCUAGGGAAGAUGAAUAAGGACCAUUGGAUGGACGAUGACGAAGAGGAGGAGGAGCGCGAACAAGAUGUUCCGCAAGAAGGGGAGGAAAUCUACACCGAGGAAGAUCUGAUACGAGAGGGAGAACAGAUCCGUGAGCUCGAGAAGAAGAAGAGGGAGCUCCAGGAGCGGCUGCAAACGAUUGAUAAAGACAUCGACGGGUUACUGCACAUGUAAUGCCGCGUGUAGACUUUUAGACUAUGAUACCCCAACCCAACACG